CCAGCUGAUCGCACUGCUUUCUUGCCCGCUCUGCUCUGCACGCCUUAUUAUCUUUAAGUUUAGUAUAUUUCUGUCUUUACGUUUGCGCCUUAAAAACAUUUUUUGUUUUCUGUUUUUUUUUUCAAUUUAUUUUUUUUCAAUUGGUAUUGUUGUUCAAUAACAACAAGAACCUACUUGCACCUUGAUUAUCAGUUAUAUUCUCAUUGUACGCAUCACACAUAAUUAUUUUUCUUCACAUGACGGAUUAUAAUCUUCCUCAGUCAAUUACUAACACUCUUAUUACCUAUUUGCGCUUUAAAAAAAAAAUUAAUUCUUUAAAAGGAAAUCAACUUGAGUUUCUGAAUGUUAUUAUAGGUAUUUACUACUACUUGGGUAACUUCAUUCACGCACUAAUAGCAUUUUUUUGCGCUACAUUACACAUACUUACCGUAAUAUUUUUUAUUCUAUCAUUGCAGCUUUUACCUACCUAAAUAGUCAUAAACAUGACGAGUACGUUGCCAGUACUACGACGAAAACGUAGUUCAUAUCGAUCAAAACUAACUCAAUUCAUCGCCUAUUUAGACGUUAUUACCACAUGCGAAAAACCUAGUAGCGCACAGCUUAGCGAACUUAAUAUUAGGUUAACCAAGGUCGAGGAAUGGUAUAAUGAAUAUGAUAUAUUACAAGUUGAAAUAGAAGGUUGCACGGAAAUUUCAGAUGCGGACUGUGAGAAGGAGUACCAAUAUCGCGAGAAGUUCGAUGCUGAGUACUUCGCGAGCGUCGGCAGAGCGCGAGAUUUCGCGAGCAGGUUUGCCUCUCCGCAGCCAGGCAGAGACAACGUGUCGUCGGCAGCCUCCGUGUCUGGUACUGUACUUGCAACAGAGCUACAAAAAAGAACCAAAUGGCAGCAUAACAAAGGAGAGCUACUAGUCGGCGACAUGGUCCUCGUGAAGGACGAUCGCCUUCCGCCUAACCGCUGGCUGCUGGGAAGAGUCACCUGCCUACACCCCGGACCUGACGGCAUCUCACGCGUCGCUGACGUCACCACUGCGACCGGAAGCAUUCGGAGAGCUUACAACCGGCUGUGCCCCCUACCAGCACAUGAACCAUCUUUGGAACAGGAUGUUCCAACCCCGGGAGCCUGUUCACGCACACAAUGACAACCGCCCCGCGCCCGCGUCGGUCACCGCCCGCGUCCCCCGCGACACCCGCGAUGCCCCCGCGCCGCUCCGCGCCGCCGCCCGCCGCGCCGAGCCGCCAUCUUCGAUCACUCGCCGAUCAACCUUUGCGCGCGACGCGUUACGUCGCGUCCACGCACCACAUAAAUUUGUAUCAAUUCACGUAAUAAACCAGUGAAAGUCAAUCAU